CGUUUAUUACCAGUGUGAGAGGAAUCGUUGCGGACAGACCAGUUUUCGCAGAGCAACCUAUCUGUCAGCUCCGACACUUCUAAACAAGAAAGGAUGGGCGUGGACAUCGAAGUGAUCACGAAAGGCGACGGUGUCACCCGUCCACAACGCGGCCAAAAGGUUAUCGUCCACUACACUGGCACCUUGGUCGAUGGCAAGAAAUUCGAUAGCAGCCGUGACCGUGGCGCACCGUUUGACUUUACCCUAGGGAAGGGGGAGGUUAUUCCCGGCUGGGAUGUUGGUGUCGCCCAGAUGACCAAGGGCGAGCGGGUCAAGCUUACAAUCAGCCCCGACAUGGCCUACGGGCCCCGUGGCAUUCCCGGCGUCAUCCCGCCGUCCGCAACCCUCAUCUUCGAUGUCGAGCUGCUGGACAUCAAGUGAAUGAGUGCAAAUGCGUGUAUUUUACGUGUGGGUCAUCUGAGCCACUCGUGGCAUGCCUUGGCAACCUGACGUCAGUAUCGUACAUAUGCCAAUUUUAGUUGCCUUCAUGUCCGCGACUUGCUGACUGAUGACUGAUGUCUACAUAUCUCUGUGGGCUGACUGCAACAACUUGACAUCGGUGCCUUUCCUUUGUAGCUGUUGAUUGGCUCGGUGGGGUCUGCAGACCUGUGCAAAAACGAUUAGUCGUAUGGCGUCAGCCGUUUGCAUCUUCCUAACAGGAUAGUCUCGACGAGGCAUUUUCCCUUAUCCUGACCUUUCUCGGACUGUAAGGACUUCCGGACUAGCAUG